AUGUCGAGCGUCGACGAACAAGUUCUUAGGCCCGAACCUGCUGACAAGUCACGCUUGGUGUCCUCGUGUACCGAAGAAACAUCUACUCCGCUCGCGAACACUGUUCACGAGCGGCUCUAUAACGAGGCACUUGCGAAUCGCCGACGAAAGGAAAAACUCAAUGAAAUUGAUGCUCAGGCUGAGCUGAUGGCCGCAAGGAAGAACAAACCACGAAGAGGCCAUGCAGAUGAUAAACUCUACCUUGAUGCCAAGGCAAAGAGGGAACUCUUGCAAUCGUUAGAACGAAAAGCUGACGACGAGCUGCGGAAUCUUCGGGAAGCCCCGAAAUUCGGUCCCCGCUCUCGAGCUGUUUACCGAAACAAAAUUGCCAGAGAACUCAGGGCUGCAGUAGAUGCUUGUCAGCCGGAUCGCCCUGGAAGCUUGACACUCCACGCUUCCUUGGUUGGCUGUGUCCUUCAGUACCUGGGAAUUUUCCAUGAGGACCACAUGGGCGAGUUCUGUAGUGCCGGAAAGAAGGAGGCGGAAGUGGAUGCCGCAGCGAAGGAGGUUUCUGAUAAUCAAAUGAGGACGAAUGAGAAGGCUGGACUCUUUAAAAUCGUGCGAGACUUGCAGGCCCGUACGCGGCUUGCAACAGAGAAGAUCCUGGCGGACAAACUCGUUGAGAAACUGGAUGUUGAGGGAGAGGGUGAAAUCUUCGUUGAUAGGCUUUUUUCGUUCCUUGCUGUCGUGACGACGGAGUACAGCGACCUUAGACCCAGAUGGGCAGGAGACCCGGCUGCUCAGAAGCUAGGAGAUUUUGAUUUUGAUUGUCUCCACAAAACAGCAAAAGAACUGCAUUCCUUGGGACUCGCGAGUACAUACGGAAAUUCUGCACCCAGUUCCCCCCUUUCGCGGAAAGACCUGGAGAAGAUGGGCGCGAAGCAACUGGAGGUUAGCUAA